UGCUGCAGAAUAAGAAAUCGCCCCCAACACUAAUAUUUACGGUAACGGAGGUUCACAUAUGACGUGCACUUACGGAUGAUUCACUGUAUAACGAAUUCUGCGUAUUCAGUGGGUGAACUCAGUGUAGAGAAUCCAAACUGGUAGUAAGACGCUACGGCAGCUAAGACGACAUUUACCAAAAGCGAUCUAAUUACUUCCAGUUAAAAACCAAAGAAUGGCAGCGUACAGACUGGUGCUGAUUCGUCACGGAGAGAGCAGCUGGAAUCAGGAGAACAGGUUCUGCGGUUGGUUCGACGCAGAUUUGAGCGAAGCCGGGGUCCUGGAGGCGAAGCGAGGCGGCCAGGCUCUCAGAGAUGCUGGUUUCGAGUUUGAUGUGUGCUAUACAUCGGUGCUGCAGAGGGCCAUACGCACGCUUUGGCUCGUCCUGGACGGCAUCGACCAAAUGUGGGUGCCGGUGCACCGAACCUGGCGGCUGAAUGAGCGACAUUACGGCGGCCUGACGGGGCUCAAUAAGGCCGAGACUGCAGCCCGGCAUGGCGAGGCACAGGUCAAGGUCUGGAGGCGUUCGUACGACAUCCCCCCACCCCCUAUGGAAGCCGAGCACGACUUCUACUCUGCAAUCAGCCAGGACCGUCGCUAUGGUGACCUGAGCAAGGACCAGCUACCCACCUGCGAAAGCCUUAAAGACACCAUUGCCCGUGCUCUGCCCUUCUGGAAUGAGGAAAUUGUGCCUCAGAUCAAGGAGGGCAAAAGGGUGCUGAUUGCAGCCCACGGGAACAGCCUGAGAGGGAUCGUGAAACACCUGGAGGGCAUGACAAAUGAGGCCAUCAUGAACCUCAAUCUGCCCACUGGAAUCCCCAUCGUCUACGAGCUGGACAAGAACCUGAAGCCCAUCAAGCCCAUGCAGUUCCUAGGAGACAUCCGCAAGGCUAUGGAGGCCGUGGCGGCCCAGGGAAAGGCUAAAAAGUAGAUCUGCUUGGCUGUGGGAGGAAACAGGGUAAGAAGGUGGCUGUGUUCUGUGUUGCACAGCUUUUAAAGAGGCUCACGCAGUCCCUUUUAUAGCCCAUGCAUCAACAGGCCUAACGCAGGAUACAGAUAAUAUAAUCGUUAAACUGUAUAUGCUCAAAGGAACUUAAAUUUGCUUGCAUCUAGCACACCAUAUCUGAAGGUACAGAGGAAUGCUAAUGGUCCUCAGCAACCUACUACACCCUCUAGUUUUAGUUUUAGCUUCUCGUGAUAUUACAGUGAUGUAUUUGUAUUUAUCAGCUUGGUUAUUGAUAAUGACAGAACUGAUGUUAACGCGACCUGUAACUCCGUUGGGAGCAAAACCUCAUUCUUACACGGACUCUUCUGCUGUCUUGGCGACAGCUGUCAUAACAACCAGAGGACAAGUGAAGGGUGCUGUGUAAUUCCAAAGAUUCUAAGAGGGAUUGGGUGAUGCUACAUAGAGAAGUCCGGUUCGGAGUCACGAGCAUGCUGGCAUCUGUUUUACAUUCCAGAACAUAACAAUGAAAAGAACAGUGCUUUCGUUAUAAGUAGAGGCCUUCUUUAAGAGCUAUGGAAAAAUCAUGCCCCCCCCCCCUCCAAACACACACAAGUUUUAUACAGGGGCUUCUCUGAGUAACUUAAUGAGCAUCAUAUUUAUACAACUUUUAAAGAUGUGUCUGUAUUGAAGUACCAAGAAGACAGUAAGGAUUUGCCUUUUUAGUAGAGUAAUUUGUACCUGUCCAUGGUACUUUUGUAAACCAAGGCUAAAUGAAAUGGUAAAAUGUUAAAGCUCGGGUCAGGAAUAUAUGAGAGUACUGAUACUGUCCUUGUUUUCUAGUGCUAAUUCUGAGACCUGGCCUGUUAUUUUUUACUGGUUCCACACUGCCUUUUUUAAGCUUUACAGUGAUUUUGGAAGUCUGGCUCUCCAGCCGUGUAGAUACUGUUAUCACCUGCCUAUGUGUGCAUGAGGUUGAGGGCUGUUCAGUGCACGCCCUUCCAGUGAGAGGUCACUUUACCUUUCCACCAGAAAUCUGUCAGCAUCACUCUGUUUAAAAGUUAACCUUUGUCCAAAUAUAUAAAUAAAUAUAAUGAGGAAAUAUCACA